AAGGCCAGUCAAGGCCAGUCAAGCCAUACUGCUGCAUCUGCAUACACCUCGCUUGUCUUUAAGGAUCAUGUGCGCAUACUGCGUUCUUCGUCGCUCGGCCUUAAGCCUGACAGCUCGAGUGAGGCAGCAGCUCAUCCUCAGCCUUAGGGUGGGCAUCUUUGCAUCUUUCUUCCCACGCAUCUCAGCAUCUUCCACUGUUCCUGAGAUGUUUGUUUGUCUUCACCUUCAGAAGAAUCCAGCCGUCCAUCAGCCUCGAUGGUGUUAGUUCCCUCGUAAACCAUGGACUCAUGGCGCAACUAUCUUCCCGCUGUGCUUAAUGCCAAACAUCCAACAUCUGACCGAGGAGAGGACAAUUCGAGGGGUGCCCGUGGCUCCUUUGGUCCUCCUCGCACUCUCUCCCCCAAUCACCGGGCGCCGUCAAGAAACAGUUUCUCGCAAGAGGACGUAUUCCACACUCCGAGCGCCAGCCCACUUCAACAUACUAAUUCUGUCUCCUCAAAUCGCAUGCCGAGCUUUUCUGGAAUUCACACCCUGAGGCCAGGCCACUAUAUUCCGACAGCGAAGACAAAUCCCCCUACUCGAGCGUUGGGGGAAGGUCCCAAGCCAGAAGCUGUGUUGCCAACCCAAAUGAGACUGUCAUAUUUCCCAGAAGAAACCAACACAAUCGAGCGGCAAGCAGCUCCUGGAUUUGGACGCCGCUCAGAUAACGAAGAGCGGUCAGAUGACGAAACAGCGACCGACAUUGUCAGUAUAUACCCUACCAAGACCAUCUCCAAACGGUAUCUUCACAAUUCUCAGCCCAAAGAAGAGGCUACUCCAUGGGAUGAAGGACUGAAUUUCGACCUAAGCGACUUAAUGUUUCCCACUGCCAUUCAACUGCCCCAGGUCAUCCAAGAUCAUCUCCAACUAGCCGCCCAAGGCUAUCAAUCUGAAACGCCUCCAGACGGCCUUCCAACACAGCCAUUUCCUUCGACAUCAAAUCAACAGCAGCUGGCAACUGCUCGGGCCUUGCACCCUUCAAAAAAGCCUAGCGCGCCCGCAGACAACGAUGCUGACUCCGGAACUGAAGAUGAAGAAUAUUGUUGUGCUGUCUCUAGGAAAGCUUCGGUAGAAGACCCAGAUGUCUUUUACUGUUAUGGCUGCAAAAUGACCUACUGUCCCAAGUGCUGGAAGAAGCAAAUCCCGCACAAACGAGGAAAGCCAGGACAUGACAAGGUAGAUGCCGUCGUGGCAAAGAUGAUCCAGGACACGCUUGAGGUCGAUAUUAGCGAGGCAGAGCAGGCCCACCUCCAUCUUCUGGAUGAAUGUGCCUCGUGGUUUGGUGCCGUCAAGGAUGAAGAUGGCGUUGUCUUUCGUGAUUUUGGCCGCUAUGCCUCCCUCAUGGCUGAGCAUUCCCUUGAAGAGCGGAAAAUCAUGUCCCCAGCAUUGAUCUCUUUUGUCGGUGACACUGGAGCCGGUAAAAGCUCCCUGGUCAAACUCCUAGUGGGCCUUCAGAAGACGAAACACUCGCAAGAUAGUAAAACUCCUAGCCAGACUCCUGUUGUUGGAAGCAGCGGCGCCGCGGUGCCCACUUCUGGCGAUGUCCAUUUGUAUGCGGAUCCUCAUACAUUUUUCACGGAUCGGCCUUUGCUAUACGCUGACUGCGAGGGCCUGCGAGGAGGCACCUUGGAUCCUGUUGGAGCCAAAAGGCGGCGAAAGAUGGCACUCUCGAGCCAUGCGCGAACCCGGACUGCUUCCUUUGACAAAUACAUGCGUCGGAGGCACGAAACUUCGGAGAGAGACAUAGCCUGGGCCACCACACCCGAGAGAACGACGCGCAAAUUCUUCGUCGAACACUUGUACCCAAGGCUUUUGUACACUUUCUCCGAUGUCAUUGUUUUCGUGGUCAAGAAUGCUCGAACCAUCGAGGAAGUGGUAGAGCAACUCGUUGUAUGGGCAGACGCCGUGAUUGAGACAGCUUCCAACCAGCCCGUCCUCCCUCAUGCAAUCAUUGUUUUGAAUGCAUCAGAUAACCAGAACGCGGAUCUAUGGGACGUCGACGCCUCUACCACAGAAUUACUGUCCAGUAUCAGCCUUGCAGUGCACGAGAACCCGAGGCUCAGGAAGCUGGCAAACAAAUGGAUUUCCCGCGGGUUCGAUAUCGAUUCCGUCAAGUCUUUGCUCUUGGCCUACUACUCAAGUGUGCGCGUCGUUCGUAUUCCGGAGAAGAGCCAGCCAUCAUUGGUGCAUGACCAGAUCCAGCGUUUGUACGAGGCAAUAUCCGCAUCCGCUGCUGGUGCACAGGACGAGAAACACUCCAAGAGAGUUAAACUAAGUGCAGAAUCCUUACAACCCUACCUGCAGGCAGCGUUCGAUCACUUCUGCCGCGAUCUGAAUGAUCCUUUCGACUUUAUCAAAGCCUCAUUUGCGGACAGUGGAAUUCCAUCCGACUUCAGCGGCAACAUCCUCAAGUUGGCUGUAAACAUCAUGAACAAGUGGCAGAACAAGAUUGAUGGCGCACUCCUGUUUCGCGAGUUGAGUUUCAUUGUCGCCUCCUGCGUCAUGUUGGAUGCUGUGAGAAACCAUAACCUUGGAAUGGCUGGCCCUGUGUUUAAGCAAUAUAUCGACCAUUUUGACGAGACUCUGGACGAUUUCUGUGAAAAGAUCUGGCCCUGUGAAUACAUCUCGGCCAAAGGACGUUGUGUUAACGUCAAAGCAGGCCACACUAAGGGCCACCAGCUAUCCCAGGGCCAAGUCAUAGGCCCUGGAUCCUACCAGUCACGGUUCUCGGCUCACAGUAACCGCCAACAAUUCAGGAAUGACAUCUUCGAAAACUUGCAGGAAUUGCUGUCCAGUCUUACUGGUGAUAACCGUGCUGAGCGCGAUGCGGCUGCCAACUUGCAUGAGUCGAAAAUUCUGGGGCCUUUCUACAGGCAUCUGGGUGGUGCAACCAAUUUUGUGAGCCAGUCCGCCUGCUUUUCUUGCCUGGUUUCGCCUGCCGAGCACUGUCUACCAUGCAAACAUGUCAUAUGCACCCAGUGCGCCCGUGACUUCGGUGUCCCCCGGGGUCAAAACGCUGUUGAAAUGAAGUUCUGUCCACUUCACAGGUCCGAAACGCGUGAUCUCCGCCAGAUGAUCAUGUUUAAACCAGAGGAUGCAGGAGUCCGCGUACUUACAUUGGACGGCGGAGGAGUCCGAGGCAUCCUCAUGCUGAAGAUGCUUGCUCGGCUGGAGCAAGAUUUGGGGGGUUGUCUUCCCAUAGUGUCAUUUUUCGACCUUCUGAUUGGUACCAGCACUGGAGGCAUCAUUGCUCUGGGGCUGGUCGAGAUGGGUUGGUCGGUCAAAUCUUGUCUGAAAAGGUUCGAGGUCUUCGCCCAGACGGCAUUUCAGAAGCACAGAAUGUUGGGCGCGGAGUAUUUGGAAUGGCUUGUCGCAGGAUUCCAACAGGGCAGAUAUAAAGUCGAACCUCUGGAGGACCUGCUCAAAAAGGAGUACACGGAACGAAACCUCUUUGGCGGUGUACGAGACGAUUACUCGGAAUUCUCACCACGCAACCAUAUCGCCAGCAAGGUCGGUGUGACCACGACGACGACAAGCGGUACGCCAUACCUUUUGGCGAAUUAUAAUAGGCAUGAAACAGACGAGAGCGCUCGUUAUGGGUUCCUGCGCUCUGAGAAACCCGAGCAAGAGAUUAAAAUUUAUGAAGCUGCAAGGGCUACUUCGGCAGCCCCCAAAAUAUUCAAACCCUAUGGCCAUGCAGAAAGCGGCCAUACUUUCAUCGAUGGAGGGGUGUAUUACAAUAACCCAAUCGAAAUUGCAUUGAGAGAACAGUCUCUCAUAUGGGAACAGAGUCGCCCUCGAUUGCCAGAUCUCGUCCUUUCUUUGGGUACUGGACAUGCACCAAGAGAUUUCAGGAGAGGGAGGCCGUCCAGGGCCCCGGCAAAUGGAACCAGUGGGCCCGUCUCCUAUUACAAGCACUUGCUCAAGAUAGCAGUUGAUCAUGCCAAGAGCUCUCAAAGAUCGGAGGAGGAAUACCAUCGGGUUGUACAACAUUACAGGAAUCAUCCUCAGGCGGCGAAUUGUUUCGCCCGGUUGAACAUGCUCUUUGAGGAUGGCAUCCCUAAGCCAGAUAAUGUCGGACUUAUGCCAUCAAUGAUGAGCUUCGCCGAUGACGAUCUAGAUGCUCGCUCGUCAGAAGUGCGACAUAUCACUAACCGCAUGAUAGCAUCCUCUUUCUACUUUGAACCGACACCAGGCUCUCUCCGGAAGAUCCUGGGGACAUCCAUCACCAUCCAAGGGCACAUUAGAUGUCGCUACACAGGAAAUCAACUCGAAGCAUUUGGAGACCUCUUGAAACUUCGCUGCCAGGAGGCCUUUAACGCUCCUGGAGGAGCUUUGCACAGUCCUUGCUUCGUCCUGGAAGACCGCUCAAGGCCGAAAGAAGCAGCUCAGGUCAUUCUUUCCGAUCAUGUGAUAGACGGUAUGAGCAACCGUGCCACAUUCAACCUCAAACAAAUUACGCUGGAAUUGAAGAACCUGAAUGCAGAGUCGGAUAUCUACUUGAGAUUCGGCUCCGAACGCGACUCGGAUCAGAACAACUCAAUCAGUGGGUUUCCAAGAUGCUGGGACGACCGGAAAAUCACUCCCAUGACGUCCCGGCUGAACCUCAGUGAUGUUCGUGGAAGAUUUCCAUCACGGCGUGGACGACCAGAUUGGUCUGAACCGGUUGGAACCAGACAUGCUCCAAUCCUAGGAAGAUAUGCCAUAGAAAGGAAUCCCGGACUGGCAUCUGACGAGCAGAUGGCGUUCGUGGGGUCUCGACUGAGCGAGCCAGUCGCUGCAGAGAAACCGCCUCAAGAACUCGAUACCGGGGUGGUAGUUGCGUCUACUACACCAUAUCGACCAUAUCCCCGUAUUCACCGGACCCCGCGCGAGGACGAGGGGAGCGAGGUCGUUCCUGGACCAGACACAGAUAACAUCCACAGCUUUUAUGCCGAGCUAGAGGCCAAUACGGCUGUUUUCGAACUACCAUCCACCACAUCGUCACAGGGCAGAAGGCCAGGGUCAGGGUCAGCGAGUGCGGCGUCUGCCAGAGGGGCUUGAGGCCAUGGCUGGCAUUGUUCAUUGGGCAGAUACCCUGUGAUAUACCGACAGAGUUUGUUUUUGGGUGGAAGCAAUGCCGAUAUGGAAAUUUCGGCAUCUAUAAUGUGUGAAUGAUACUCUACCCCAAUCAUGAUCGUGCAGCGGAGAAGAUGUGUUCUCCGCGACAUGUCUUGAACAUCUGCUCAAUUAAGAAAUCCUAUAUUUCCAAUGCGCAGAAAAUGAA